CCCUCUCCCUAACUCACCCUCCUCUCUCUCUCUCUCUCCCACUCUUGUCGCUGCAAUUCUCUGCGAGAUCUGAAUCGGAGAAGGCCUUCAAUAAACCCCAACCUUCGUCUCCAAACCCCAAUUUUGGUCUUUGGUGGCAGGGUUUGAGAGAUCUCUUGCGGAAUGGUGGCGCUGGCUAUCUUCCUCUGCUGAUCUGCCAUCUUCCAAUGGCCUGUGUCUGAUCCAAGACACCCAAAUUUCAGAUCUAAGAAACAGUUGUUCUGAUUGAGGCUAGGGUUAGGGUUGAGAAAGUUGGGCAAGAUGCUGACAAAAUUCGAGACGAAGAGUAAUAGAGUGAAGGGACUGAGUUUCCAUAGCCAGAGACCAUGGAUUCUCGCGAGUCUUCACAGCGGAGUGAUUCAGUUGUGGGAUUACCGGAUGGGAACCCUGAUCGAUCGUUUUGAUGAGCAUGAUGGGCCGGUUCGUGGGGUUCAUUUCCAUCGGACGCAACCGCUUUUUGUCUCCGGAGGAGAUGACUAUAAAAUCAAAGUGUGGAAUUAUAAGAUGCAUCGCUGUCUAUUUACCCUUCUUGGACAUCUUGAUUACAUUCGUACAGUUCAGUUCCAUAAUGAAUACCCAUGGAUUGUUAGUGCUAGUGACGACCAGACUAUCAGGAUUUGGAACUGGCAGUCACGCACUUGCAUCUCUGUCUUGACUGGUCACAACCAUUAUGUUAUGUGUGCAUCCUUCCAUCCUAAGGAGGAUUUAGUAGUAUCAGCUUCUUUGGAUCAGACAGUUAGAGUGUGGGAUAUAGGAGCACUGAGGAAGAAAACUGUUUCCCCAGCAGAUGAUAUCUUGAGGUUGACUCAGAUGAACACAGACCUUUUCGGCGGUGUGGAUGCUGUUGUUAAAUAUGUUUUGGAGGGUCAUGAUCGUGGAGUCAACUGGGCUGCUUUCCAUCCUAGUUUGCCUCUCAUUGUCUCUGGAGCAGAUGAUCGACAAGUAAAACUUUGGCGAAUGAAUGAUACAAAGGCUUGGGAAGUGGAUACCUUGAGAGGCCACAUGAAUAAUGUUUCUUGUGUGAUGUUCCAUGCAAAGCAGGACAUCAUAGUAUCUAACUCAGAGGAUAAAAGUAUCCGAGUUUGGGAUGUGACAAAACGCACGGGUGUCCAGACAUUCCGUAGAGAGCAUGACAGGUUUUGGAUUCUUGCAGCUCAUCCAGAAAUGAACCUGUUGGCAGCUGGCCAUGAUAGUGGUAUGAUUGUUUUCAAGUUGGAGAGAGAACGACCUGCUUUUUCAGUCAGUGGCGAUUCCAUCUUCUACACCAAGGACCGGUUCUUGCGGUUCUAUGAGUUUUCAACUCAGAAAGACAUUCAAUUGAUACCCAUUAGGAGGCCUGGGUCAACUACUUUAAAUCAGGGCCCUAGAACAUUGUCUUACAGUCCUACUGAAAAUGCUGUCCUCAUCUGCUCAGAUGUUGAUGGUGGUUCAUACGAACUGUAUAUCAUACCCAAAGACAGUGUUGGCAGGAGUGAUACUGCUCAAGAUGCAAAGCGAGGAGCUGGUGGUUGUGCGUUGUUUGUUGCUCGUAAUAGGUUUGCUGUGCUUGACAAGAGUAACAACCAAGUGCUGGUUAAAAAUCUGAAAAACGAAAUAGUAAAGAAGAGCAGCCUACCCGUUGCUACAGAUGCUAUAUUUUAUGCUGGAACUGGAAAUUUACUUUGCAGGGCAGAAGAUAGGGUUGUAAUAUUUGAUCUUCAGCAGAGGACUGUCCUUGGUGAUCUUCAGACCCCUUUUGUCAAGUAUGUUGUGUGGUCAAAUGACAUGGAAAGUGUUGCAUUGCUUAGCAAGCAUGCAAUUAUUAUUGCAAACAAGAGACUUGUUCACCGUUGUACUCUACAUGAGACAAUUCGUGUCAAAAGUGGUGCCUGGGAUGAUAAUGGUGUCUUCAUUUACACCACUCUGAACCACAUCAAGUACUGCCUUCCUAAUGGAGAUAAUGGCAUUAUCAGGACCCUUGAUGUUCCAAUAUACAUUACAAAGGUUUCUGGGAACACCAUCUACUGCUUGGAUCGUGAUGGGAAGAACCGUGCUAUAGCUAUUGAUGCAACUGAGUAUGUCUUCAAGCUUUCUUUAUUAAGGAAGAAAUAUGACAACGUUAUGAGCAUGAUUAGGAACUCACAGCUCUGUGGACAAGCCAUGAUUGCUUAUCUGCAGCAAAAAGGAUUUCCAGAAGUUGCUCUUCAUUUUGUCAGAGAUGAGAGGACACGGUUCAAUUUGGCCCUGGAAAGUGGCAACAUUCAGAUCGCAGUUGCUUCUGCAAAAGAGAUAGAUGAGAAAGAUCACUGGUAUAGGUUAGGAGUGGAGGCACUACGACAAGGCAAUGCUAGCAUUGUUGAAUAUGCAUACCAGAGGACUAAGAAUUUUGAGAGACUUUCCUUUCUUUAUCUCAUUACUGGCAAUAUGGACAAGUUGUCUAAAAUGUUGAGGAUAGCUGAACUGAAGAAUGAUGUGAUGGGGCAGUUCCAUAAUGCGCUCUAUUUGGGUGACAUCCAGGAGCGUGUCAAAAUUCUAGAAAGCGCAGGUCAUCUGCCUCUUGCAUAUGUCACUGCUGCAGUACAUGGGCUGACAGAAACAGCAGAAAGGCUUGAGGCUGAGUUGGGGGAUAAUGCACCUGCUCUGCCUGCAGGAAAGAAGCGGUCACUUCUCAUGCCUCCUGCACCGAUAUCAUGCAGUGGUGAUUGGCCAUUGUUGAGGGUAAUGAAAGGCAUCUUUGAAGGUGGACUGGAUAAUGUUGGCAAGGGAGGUCCUGAGGAAGAAGAAGAUGAAGCUGAUGGUGCAAACUGGGGUGAAGAUUUGGAUAUUGUGGAUGUAGAUGGACAGAAUCAUGUUGAAGUGAUUGAAGAUGGGGAAGUGGAAGAAGGGGAUGAGGAAGAAGGUGGUUGGGAUCUUGAAGACUUGGAGCUUCCUCCGGAGCUUGAGAAUUCUAGUGCUGUUGCUAAUUCUCGCACAUCAGCAUUUGUUGCACCAUCACCAGGAAUGCCAGUAAGUCAGAUAUGGAUACAGAAAUCUUCUCUUGCUGGUGAGCAUGCAGCUGCUGGUAAUUUUGAUACUGCAAUGCGUCUACUGAGCAGGCAGUUGGGAAUAAAGAACUUUGCUCCAUUGAAGCCUUUCUUCUUAGAAUUGCAUUCAGGAAGCCAUACAUACUUGCGUGCCUUUUCAUCAGCACCAGUUAUCUCAUUAGCUCUUGAGAAAGGGUGGACUGAAUCUGCAAGUCCUAAUGUAAGGAGCCCACCUGCACUUGUUUACAAGUUCGCUCAGUUGGAUGAGAAGCUCAGAAGUGCCUAUAAGGCCACCACAGAUGGCAAAUUCAGUGAAGCUCUGAGGCUCUUCUUAAAUAUCCUGCAUACUAUCCCUCUUGUUGUUGUUGAAUCAAGGAGAGAGGUUGAUGAAGUGAAGGAGCUGAUAGUUGUUGCAAAAGAGUAUGUUCUGGGUCUGCGGAUGGAAGUGCGCAGAAAAGAACUCAGAAAUAAUGCAGUCCAGCAGCAAGAGCUUGCAGCUUAUUUCACACAUUGCAACCUCCAGAAAGUUCACUUAAGGCUUGCAUUGUUGAAUGCGAUGAGUGUAUGUUUCAAGGGGGGCAACUACGCCACAGCAGCAAGCUUCGCGCGGCGGCUUCUGGAGACAGACCCACCAGCUACUCAAGCAUCCAAAGCUCGACAAGUCCUGCAAGCUUGUGAGAAGAAUAUGAAGGAUGCCAAUCAGCUCAACUAUGAUUUCAGGAACCCAUUUGUAGUUUGCGGGGCUACUUUUGUUCCAAUAUACCGCGGACAGAAAGAUGUUGCUUGCCCAUAUUGUACAUCACGUUUUGUUCCUGCCAUUGAAGGGCAGCUUUGCACUGUAUGUGAUCUUGCAGUAGUUGGAGCAGAUGCAUCCGGGCUUCUUUGUUCAGCUGCCCAGAUGAGAUGAGGUGAUUUACAGGGGUUGGUGGCAUCCAUUGCUAAUGAAGUCUGAAUCUGACUCACCACCUUCAAUGUGCAUCUUGGCUGUAGAAUUCACUACCUGUCAGGGAUAUCUAAAGGCAUCGUACUACAAGUUCCAGCUGCCGCUUUUAGUUCUUUAAACAGGGGUUGGGUUGCAUGUCUUAGCUUUUGUUGAAUCGCUUGGUCUAUGAUUUUGAUUAUGAUUUUCCUUGCUGUUUUACGCAAUAAACAAAUUUUCAUUAUAGAGAAUUUUGAUAGUUUAA